UUCUCCUCUCCCCUUUUCUUUUCCUUCCCCCUCCCCUUUCCUUCCUCCUCCUCCUCCCCUUCCCCCGACAGCGUAGCCGGGGCUCGGGCUCGCUCCCUCCCCCGUGCCCUCCCCUGGAGCCGCCGCCGCCUCCGCCGCCGCACACACGGAGACAUGUACCCGGGAGCCCCCUCCGCCGGACCCGUGCUCACACCUCCUCCCCCAUUGCCACCACCAAUACAGGGAUAUGCCUUUAAACCUCCUCCUCGACCAGAUUUUGGCACUUCUGGGAGAACAAUCAAACUGCAGGCCAACUUCUUUGAAAUGGACAUUCCUAAAAUAGAUAUCUACCAUUAUGAAUUGGAUAUAAAGCCAGAAAAAUGUCCUAGAAGAGUUAACAGAGAAAUAGUGGAGCAUAUGGUUCAGCACUUUAAAACCCAGAUUUUUGGGGAUCGCAAACCAGUGUUUGAUGGAAGAAAAAACCUUUAUACAGCUAUGCCACUUCCCAUUGGGAGAGAUAAACAGGUGGAGCUGGAGGUCACGCUGCCAGGAGAGGGAAAGGACAGAAUAUUUAAGGUGGCCAUCAAGUGGAUGUCCUGUGUGAGCUUGCAGGCUUUACAUGAUGCUCUCUCUGGCCGGCUGCCGAGCGUCCCGUUCGAGACCAUCCAGGCCCUGGAUGUGGUCAUGAGGCACUUGCCUUCCAUGAGGUAUACUCCUGUGGGGAGAUCUUUCUUUACAGCAUCAGAGGGGUGCUCAAAUCCUUUGGGUGGUGGCAGAGAAGUUUGGUUUGGCUUCCAUCAGUCAGUCAGACCUUCAUUAUGGAAAAUGAUGCUAAAUAUUGAUGUGUCUGCAACUGCAUUUUACAAAGCACAGCCAGUUAUUGAGUUUGUCUGUGAAGUUCUGGACUUCAAAAGUAUUGAAGAACAACAAAAACCUCUGACAGAUUCCCAAAGGGUAAAGUUUACCAAAGAAAUAAAAGGUCUGAAGGUGGAGAUAACACACUGUGGACAAAUGAAAAGGAAGUACAGAGUGUGCAAUGUCACCAGACGACCAGCAAGUCACCAAACAUUCCCACUUCAGCAGGAGAAUGGACAGACAGUUGAAUGCACUGUAGCUCAGUAUUUUAAGGACAGGCAUAAAUUAGUUUUACGCUACCCUCACCUUCCAUGUUUACAAGUUGGACAGGAGCAGAAACACACAUACCUUCCUCUGGAGGUGUGCAACAUAGUGGCAGGACAAAGAUGCAUAAAGAAACUGACUGACAAUCAGACUUCCACUAUGAUUCGAGCCACUGCCAGAUCAGCCCCGGACCGGCAGGAAGAGAUCAGCAAAUUGAUGCGGAGUGCCAGUUUCAACACAGACCCUUACGUCCGGGAGUUUGGGAUCAUGGUCAAGGAUGAAAUGACAGAUGUGACUGGCAGAGUCCUUCAGCCUCCCUCCAUCCUCUAUGGAGGCAGGAAUAAAGCAAUUGCUACACCAGUGCAAGGUGUCUGGGACAUGAGGAAUAAACAAUUUCACACUGGAAUUGAAAUAAAGGUUUGGGCAAUUGCCUGCUUUGCUCCCCAGCGCCAGUGCACUGAAGUUCAUCUUAAGUCCUUCACAGAACAGCUGAGGAAGAUUUCCAGGGAUGCUGGAAUGCCAAUCCAGGGGCAGCCCUGCUUCUGUAAAUACGCCCAGGGAGCCGACAGCGUGGAGCCCAUGUUCAGACACCUCAAGAACACUUACACAGGGCUGCAGCUUGUCGUGGUCAUUUUGCCAGGAAAAACACCAGUCUAUGCGGAGGUGAAGCGCGUUGGCGACACGGUGCUGGGAAUGGCCACUCAGUGUGUGCAGAUGAAAAACGUCCAAAGAACAACACCACAAACUCUGUCCAACCUUUGCUUAAAAAUAAAUGUCAAAUUAGGAGGUGUAAAUAACAUUCUACUGCCGCAGGGAAGACCCCCAGUAUUCCAACAGCCUGUCAUAUUCCUUGGUGCAGAUGUAACUCACCCACCAGCUGGGGAUGGGAAGAAGCCUUCCAUUGCUGCAGUUGUAGGAAGCAUGGAUGCUCAUCCCAACCGUUACUGUGCCACCGUGCGGGUGCAGCAGCACCGCCAGGAAAUCAUCCAGGACUUGGCUGCCAUGGUCAGGGAGCUGCUGAUCCAGUUCUACAAAUCAACCAGGUUCAAACCAACUCGGAUCAUCUUCUACAGGGAUGGUGUUUCUGAGGGGCAGUUCCAACAGGUUCUCCACCACGAGCUGCUGGCUAUCAGGGAGGCUUGCAUUAAACUGGAGAAGGAUUAUCAGCCUGGCAUCACAUUUAUAGUGGUGCAGAAAAGGCACCACACCAGACUCUUCUGCACGGAUAAAAACGAGCGGGUUGGAAAAAGUGGAAACAUUCCAGCUGGUACCACAGUGGACACAAAAAUCACCCACCCCUCAGAGUUUGACUUCUACCUGUGUAGUCAUGCUGGGAUUCAGGGAACAAGCAGACCUUCUCACUACCACGUGCUCUGGGAUGACAAUCGCUUCUCGUCGGACGAGCUGCAGAUCCUCACCUACCAGCUGUGCCACACGUACGUGCGCUGCACGCGCUCUGUCUCCAUCCCUGCCCCGGCCUACUAUGCACACCUGGUGGCCUUCAGAGCCAGGUACCAUCUGGUGGACAAGGAACACGAUAGUGCUGAAGGAAGCCACACUUCUGGCCAGAGCAAUGGCAGAGACCACCAAGCACUUGCUAAGGCAGUCCAGGUGCACCAGGACACGCUGCGCACCAUGUACUUUGCUUGACAUGGUUUAAUUAAAGCUCAGCGGCUCCGGAUAAGGCAGAGUUGGAUUCACACCAGACCAGCUGCACUUAGACCAACAGAUGCCCCAGCCCAGGGACAGCCAGCAAUGAGUGAUGCAUCUUUAUUCCUUUCUUUCCCAUUUGCAAGGAAGCCUUCCGUCCAGAAUUUCAGACUUGAUCACAAACUGCAUUCUUGUACCAAACCCCACUGUUGUCGGAAAUGUGGUUUGCCAAAAAAUCUCUGAGCUGCUUGGUAUAAAACAGACCCAGGUUUUAUAAUUAAAUCAAGAGCUGCAAUCUCAGGGCUUAGGGAAGAGAAACAAAAAAAAAACCAAACCAACAACCCAACCCACAAAACUCCUCAUUCAGUUUGCUGUUCAUUGAGUUGCUUUUGAUAAUUUGGAAAGAUCUAGUUCAUACUAAGGUUUGAUGAGCUAAAAGGCUGUGAAUCAGCUUUUAGUACAAAGGAAAGCAAAGCAUGUUUUGAGUAUUUAUGAAGCCUUGAUUAUUCUAGAUGCAUUUACAAAAUUUUUAUUUUCAAAAUAAGAGCUUGACAAAAUUCUGGUUUCUAAUUGUCUUAUAAAGAUUAUUCUCAGAUUAUUCUCUGUGUGUCUAAGGACAAAUGUAUUUUCUGAAGCUUGUUCUUGAAUGUUUUUUAUUGUGCUGCAUUUUAAAAUGUUUUUCAUAGACUAAAGAUGAAUUUAAAAAAAAAAAAAGAAAAAGAGUAAAUCUUGUACCUAAGCUUUUAAUAGCUCCAGUUAGAUUGGCAGAAGAAAAUGUGCCAUUUUAAAAAAUUGUAAAGAUUUUUUAAAAAUCAUACUGACAGCUAACUUUAGGAUUUGUCAUACCGGACUGUGACACUUACUUUCCAAAGUCUCUAAAGAAUACGGGUCUGUGGUGAUAAAUACAGUACAAUCCUUUUUCACUGUUGUUUGAGUUAAUGUAAAUUUUAUAUAUGUUUCACAGUAUUAAUGUGAUAGACUAGAUGCUAUUAUUUAUUUUUAUUUACUAAGGAGUGCUCAUUAUACUUCUGUUAACAUAUCAAGAAUGCUUUGAACUUAGAAAGUAAAAUCCUUUUUGUGGGGACAUUACUCUUCAAAUGCAAAAAAAAAAAAUAUGCAAUCAGUGUGGUGAGAGGAGAGAGAUGCAGCCAGUGUCUGUUGUAGCUUGGGAUUUGCAGAAAGGCUUUUUCAAAGUGCACACAACACAGCAGGUUUUACCUCUGCGGUUCAGACGCACACAAGACCAACAUCCUACAUUCAUUCAAGCACAAAACAAUUGUAUUUUAUUUAUAUGUUGAGUAGUGGUGAAGCAGGAGCUCUGCUAGAGGAGAGUGGCUGGAAGUUAGGCAGGAGUCAGAGAAUCUAUGCAGUAAAGAUAAAAAUUAGGAAACUGAAGUUUACUUAGGGAGGGAGGUGAAGCUCUCUUCAUUAUGCAUAAGAGCCGUAGGAAACGUGAGAGUUUUGCCAUUCUCUUAGGAGAAGCAUUAAUUAAAACUGAUAAUUGUGACUCAGAUGCUUCUGUUAGUUUGCACACUGGAUUCAUAAAAACCAUAACACACAUGUAAACCAUUGCACUAAUGACGAUGCCACAAGCAGGUUUAGGAGGAAAUGGGAAAAGCCCAGGAAAGUUUUUUAUGCUGACUUGAUCUUGUUUGUUUUUCCGUGGGAUAAGUGAAACAAGAUGCUGAGAGGCAGGUUGGAAAACCUUCAUUCUCCUCCACUGAUGGAUUUUGCUUUGUCUUUUCCCUUUUCUCCGAGCAGCUGCUCAGUCUCUGUGUGGACACUUUUACCUCUGGCCACUGGGAUGGGCGAGUAGCUUUAACCCAUGCAGAGCUCUGGGCCCCAGAGCAGGUCAGCUGCAACCAGGUGGUGUUGGAUAAGCUAGAAAAUGCCCAACCUUUGCUGCAUAAAGACUUUUAGGUACAUAAUUCCAGUUCAGAUCUUCACCUCGUAGCAGUGUGUCAGUUGUCGGUGUUUUGUAGGUGAAAUGUAAAACCUGUUAACAGAAUAAUCAUAUUUGUACUAUUCUGAUUGGGUGAUUAGGCUGCUGGCUCAGAGUGUCUUCUUGGUCGUAGUUCUAGAAAUUCAGAUUUCUGUAAAUUUGAAGCAAAUCCUAGGUAGCAUUGUCUGUCUUGCUGUGUGCCAGCGAGGUUGUACCUACCUCCCCUCAAGCACCCCUAAGCUGCAGAUCCUCCCCGUGGUGGGUGUGUUGCACUUCUCUGUGUUUCCUUCAGAGCUUUCCUAUUUCAGUGAAGAUAUUCAUUUGGCAGAGUUUUAUAUAAGAAUUAUUUUUAUAUGAAUUCUUCUUAUCAAAUAGGAUAAAGAUCAUCCAUUUUAAGACAUCAUUUAACUUAUUUGCUGUCUGUUAUGCAAAGACCUCUUGGAUGUGAAAUUCAUCCCCCUCUUUCCAUGCAGAUCUGGGACAGUGGAAUUGUACAGGUGGUCAGAUGGGGUGAGGAGGGCAGGAUCUGUCUUGACCUCAAAUCUCAUUUCUGAAGCAGCCUGGGACUGCACUGCAUCCUAUUUAAGAUAUUUCCUUUGUGAGAAAAGGAGUUUUAGGCAGGCCCUUAAUCUGAGAGUAGCUGUUUGUGCAUCCUCUUGGAAUGAGCAGAAAUGAUGUAAUUUUCCUUCCCUAAGUAUGAAGAACUUCGGGUGUUUAUGUGCAUUUCAGGACAUUUUUACCUUUUACAGACCUUUCUAAGCCUCUAAUACUGCUAAUUCUUUAUGCCUUGUGAUUCACAGGAAGACUCCACAACUGGUAAAGUUGUAAAGUAGAUCUGCAUUUAUUUGAUGAUGGUCAAAUUAAUUUUUAACCCUCAUGUUUCACUUGUGUCUCCCUCCUUUUCCCUCCCACUAAUGGUGAAUUAGUGAAUAAUUUAAAGCAUUAAAAAAAAAAAACCAACAACUGAUUAGGGAUAUGCUUUGUAGAGUACACCACGCUGGCAGUCCAGCACCUCUCUUUCUGGGAAUAUUUUAAACAUAAAUUACGUAUUCAAGAAUGUCUCCUGCCCAAAAACACCUGCCACAUACACAUAAAAUCCUAGAAUUAUUUUUUUUUAUUCUGUACCUCCUACAUGUCUGGUAUAGAACAGGAACAUCUCAGGUCAGCACAAAGCUCAAGAAGUCUCAGUCUCCCCCAGGCUGCUGGUGGAGAAGUGCCAGCUGAGGUCACAGCUCUGAGUCUGGCUCACUGUGCAGGUCAGGCCAGCAAUAACCAGAUUUGUGCCACCCUUGGGCACUUGGGGCAUUUUCCAGCCUGUGCAAAGGAGUCCCAUGGCACAACUCCCCCAAAACAGCAUCAAGUGUGAAAUGCUCCUCUUGGGAGGUGACAAGUACUAUCAGAAGACACAAAAUACUUAAAAGUUUGUCUUUUUUUCCCUUGAUGCGCAAAAUCUAAUGCAAUAAUGAGGUUUGCUUGGUGGUGGAAAUUUCUGCUGCGGUGGCUGAACAGAGCAACCAGUCCACCCCAUCUGUUCCAGCCCCCAGGAAACAGCUGAGCUGAUCCUUAGGAGCAAAUGUCCUGUUGGGAAAUGCUGGAAGGAGGUGGGUUUGUCUCUGCCUUUAUGUGGCAUUUCAGACAGCCCUAUGCAAUUUAACACGUGUGUGUGUAUGCACUGAUGUACAGAGUGAGGUCACUUGUUUUAUUAGAGCUCCUUAGUUUGGCUGGGCUUGCUUUUAGAAUAUUUGACUUUGUGAAUUACAAUCAAUGAUCUUCCAUGUUCCAGAGGCUUUGGCACAGGAAUUCCCUUGUUUCUUGAUCUCUCAGGUAGCAAAUACCUUUGAUCUCCAUCCAGGCCCCCAGGCAGCGUUCCCUGAUUGUAAAAGCAAAAAGGUUGUGAAGGUUUGGCUUUAAUUCUGCCUCUUUUAAUAACUCCUGCAGCCUUUGUUGUAAUAGAGUCUUGUUCUUGUUGGAUCACUUUUAUAACAUAAGACAGGAGGUUUUUCCACAAGGAUUAUCAAAUUAAAACUUCUGGAGAGGAGGUGUGAGGAGUUUAGGGUUUUUUUUUUUUUUUCCUGAAAAGAUUGAAGUUUCUAAGAUGCUUCCAAGUUUUUCUUUCUGGCUAAAUUUGUUCAUAUAUGUGCCCGAAGGCUUUUGAUUAAAUAGCAGACUCAGUCAAAUAAGCACCUCUGGUGGCAUAAAUAACCCAUAAGGGACUUUUUUUUUUUUUAAUGUAUCUUUUACUCAUUAACUAAAGGAAUGUAAGAAGAGUUCUCAGUAUUUUUCACACUUGAGACCAGUGUAAUUAAACUCACUUGUUUUCCUGUUUCUUUAAUACUCUUCUACCAUAGUAUCUCUCUUUGUGUGGCUUCCCCAUUCCUAAUGCAGGGCACUCCUUUGUUUUUUACUUUUGUAUUCCAUUUGGUCACAUGCUUCUUGAUGCACACAUGCCAUCUUUCUUAAGGAAAACUUCAAGUAGAAGGUAAUUGCACUGAUUAUUGGGUUUUUUAAACUCCUUUUUUACUGUAAGAAUUUUUUUUUUUUUUUUGCAUCUGCUGUAGCUGUUUGAAGAUACUGUAAAUAGUGCUCUGCACAGCAAGUACUGAAAUGCUGGGGAUACCAUUCCUUGUUCUAUUUUCCAGAAUACUGCCAUGUUUUCCAGUGUUGAGGUAGGAGCUUUGGUGUUAAAUGCUGUUAUACUUCGUGUGCAUUAUGGCAUCAAUCCAAGAAGGGCACAGUAGCUGUAUCUCAGUGGAAAUACUUAGGGUUUGUGUGAAUUUAUAAAACAUUUCUUCUUUCUCUCCUCUGUGCACAUUUCUCCCAGACCACAGAGAUGCAGUGUUUCAGCUCUCACUGUGCUCAUUGUGCAAGGUUCAAAUGCCAGUUUUGGUAUCAGUUUGAUGACUGAUGGCAUUAAUGUAGUAUUUGGAUUAUCAGAUGUAGCUCUCUCAGGUUUUCCUUGCUUGUAUGAUUCUUGUGUUAUAGAAGCAGAACCUGUGGAUAUGGCAGAAUUAGUGGAAUGACAGGGAUUUGGGAUCCAGUUAUGAUGUCUUGCUGUCUGUCCCUGCAUGGUGUGGGAUUGGGCAGUGCAGAGGAUGUUUCAGUGUGCUGAGCUGCCCGUGGAUCUCCCAUCCAUCCAUCAGCCAUUGCCUUUUGCUUCCAGAACCCUCAGGGACAGGACAGACCCCAACUCUAGCCCCAUUGUCUGAUGUUAGGAUGCAAACCAGCAAGUUCUGCCUUCUGUUUCUGAGGGUUAAUGACUGGAAAGAUGCAUUUCUGAGAGGGUUUAAUCCAAAUUGUAUGGGAAGGGGGUGCUGUGUGUGCUUGGUGUGGCACAGAAGCUGUUUAAUCCCAUUUAGUGUUUCAGUUGCUUUGUCAGAGUAGUUUCUUUGAAGUGUUAAUUUGAAUGCAUUUGCUUGGCCAAAUCACUACAAAAGUGGGUUUGUGGGAAUCUUGAGUUUCAAAGCAGGUGCAGUUCAAGGCUACCUCCUGGAUUCCUUCAUGGAAGAAUUCAUUGAAGUGAACCUCCCACUAAGCAGCCAAAAUGCUCUCAGAGGGACUAGAUUUGUCCCGGGCUGUUCCUUACUGGGCAGUGCCAUACUGUGAUCCUGGGAGGCUGCUCAGCCUCUGUCUUCCAGAGGCAUCCCUGUGUACUGAGAGGGUACCAGACCCGGCAAGUGGCACAUCUGGCACAGCUGCUUCUGGUCAGGGUCACUCCCUAGCAGCAGCUCUCUCUGUGACCUGUCCCUUCACUUGAGUUUCUGUACUGUCGUUUUCCAAAUGAAAAAUGUUUCUGUACUUUACCUGUCGGCCAGAAAAUGUCAGGUUUUCUCUGCAAAUGACAUGAAGGUGCUUGAAAUAUAUUUUGAGUCUGAGGCAAAAAUAUGUAUUGGGUUAUUUUCUUUGGAUGUGUUUUUUAGGUAAGGUGACAUGCGACUGUAAGAAUGAAAAUACUUUAUUCCCUGCUCAGAAAAUUAUAAACUUUAAAAUAUGGGGGAAAAAAACCAAACCAAAACACCAAAAAACAACCCCAAACCUGAGUGUGUUCAUCUUGGGACUGUUUCUGUGCAAAGCCUUGGCCAAAACUCAACCUUGACAUCGUCCUCAGUGCACGUGGACUGAGGGUACUUUAGGUGACCUGAAAUGAAACUGUAGAAAACUCUGUUAAUUUUGUUUUGUUUGUAAACAUCAGAUUUUGUUUACAGUUAUUCCAAACAAGCUUUCUCAUCUCAGAACAAACCACUCUGCUGACAGAAAUAGCUGUUGGGAGCACAGUGUGCUGGUGUGGUUUCAUAGCAGUGUUAAAGUUGAUUUUUAUUUACAAGUAACUGGGCUUUCUGCUGUGGAUUUUGGCCUGUCAGAGUGAGAUUCCUGGGAUUCUGUGCUCCCUGUAAUUUCCUUCCCUUAAUCUCUGGGUUUAGACACUAAUGAAGCUCGUCCAUGGCAGGAGGAUUGCUUGUGUCCUGACUUUCUGGAACUCAGAUUUUGCAAGUGACUGAAUGAACCAUUCUGAACCAGCUCAUUAAUAACUGAAUUUACCAACAGGGUAAAAUCCUGUCAGUUUGGUUCAGUUCUCAGUCAUGAUUUACCAAGCCCCCCCAAAAGUGUGAAGUGCAGGGUAAAUGGCUGCUUUGGGGAAGGUGUUUCACUACAUUGUGCACUGCAGAUCGUGGACACUACUGCUGGCAGGGCUUGCCCUGUGCAGAGAUGCUGACCAGCUCCUCUGCCAUUGAUGGGAGCAGAGUUUUGUGUUUUCCAGACAAGGCAGACCCAGGAUCACCAGGAAGUUUGGGGAGUGAAGGAGCUCCAUGCUGGGUGCUGCUCAUGCCCUAGAGAAGAGAAACCCUGGGUUCCCCAAGCCUUGGGGAAAUGAGAGAGGAAGCCAGGGGAGACAUUUCCUUCAAAAUUGCCAAUUUAAGCACUUGUUAAGGUGACAGUUUAAAUUUAGUUUUCCUUCUGGCUUCUCUGCAAGUGCCCUUCAGAGAUCCUGCACCCUGCACCCAUCUGCUGGCCCCAUCCCAGAAGGGCAAGGCUGGCAGGGAGCUCCCUGAGCCGAUUUGUGCUGUUGGGGAGCUCUGACUUGGCUGGGGCUGGGCCAGGGCCCCUGCUGCAUCUGGAAGGAGAGAGGUUGGCAGGAGUUCAUUGUGGGAGUUCUGCAAGUGGCAGCCCUGCAAACCCACAGCACCAGAUGCAGGCUGUGGCUUCCCCCUCCUCCCACCUAAAUAUUCCCCCAAAUGCAAUUCCUUUGGAUUUGUCCAUGCACUGCCUCAGCAGAUCCAUUGUAAACCUGCCUGAGGCUGCUCUUCCACAGCCAACCUCCCCGAGGCUCCCUGAGGAGCCUUGGGCUGCAUGGCAGUGCUGUAUCAAAGGGAAUAAUUCUUUCCACAGGAUUCUCAGGAGUGCACAGGUUUUAGUUGUAUUUUUUUCCCCACAUUUUGGAUGUGCUGUUGAACCGUGGACUUUAACUUUGUUUUUUUUUUUUUUCCUUUCUUCUUUAAGCACAACUAAACUGCUUGCUGGAGCAGCUGCUCUCUGCUCAUCAGCAGGGAUUGCAGAGGCUGUCUGACCUGGGAACUAGCCUAGGAGUUGUCCCCAAAAUAGAAAUUUAAACUUUUCUGGUCAUUUCAUUGGGGUUUUUUUGAGUGUGCUUGGCAAGCAUAAAUGGUGAACAGGUCAACAGGCAAGCUUGGGAGUCUCUAAUCCCCUGACUGGUGCUGUUUGUGUUUGCUUUGUCAGCUUAGAUUUCCUGUCAGAAAAAAACCCCAAAAUAAUGUGGACUCUUUUCUGUAUUUAUCAGCUUUUCCUGGUUUUAAAGCCAUGAAUAGAGGAAGCUUCAGUCAUGCUGUUUUUUGUGAAAUUGCACAUUUUUGCCUGAUAUGUACUUGACUCAAAGCAGAUCCUGUCUGGGCUUUAUGGCACCCCAAAAGCUCAGCUGCUGGGGGUUGGGUCAGACCUCUCACAUACCAACAUGACAUGCACUGCAUUUUGUUUCUAGAUUUCACCAAAGUUAGUUCUGCAUCAACUAUGAGAUGCUCAAACCUCACUGUUUUAUAGCACUGUUUCUGUGCUAUUAAAAACCAAGGAUUUGACCCAAAGUCUGUCAUUCCUGAGAGAUUUUCUUGUGAAACUUAAAGACUGAGCCCUUCAAUUGCUCAUCUCAUUUAUAAAUGACAACUUCAUCAUUGCAUUUUAAAGAAAAUAAGAGAAAAAAAAAACCAAAAAACCAUCAAAAGCCAUUAAGGAGUAAGUUUUAGAUUUAUCUUGGAAAAUUAAAUUUUCAGUGAGGUGCAAUGAGGAAUUGUAUCUGGCAAAAUUCUGUGCCAUCCCAAAGAAUGUUGCCACUUCCUUUUUGUAAUUUGUUGGUAAAGUUUAGAUUUUUUUGGAUCUGUGUGUGUCCCUUUCUGUGUGUGUGCACACACGUGUGACAGGACAGGGGACAGUGUAUAGGCUGUCUGUAAAAGAUACAAAAGCAGUAUUUGGCUGGAAAUAACAAGCACAAUUUCCCUGGCUUUUGCAGUAUUUUAUUGUACAAUCACAAAGAUUUCAACAUUUAGGGCAGCUGGUAAGCAAAGAUCCAGCCUCAGUUUUCUGUGCAGCGGAGUGGUUGACUUGAUCUUGGGAGCAAGAUGGAAAACAGAAUGUAUUGAUUAAAUCUUUUUUUUUUUUUUUUUUUGCUUUAAUUUUGGUACAUUGCAAAAUUAACUGACUUUAUCUGUUAAGGUUUUAAUCUUUCAAUAGUUUCAAAAAUUCUUUAAAAAUUAUUUUUUAUAAAAUAACUGAAAAAAAAAAGAACCAAAAAUCAAUCCAGAAGCUUCAUAUUGUAAAUGUUCCCUCCAAUCAAAAUGUUUCUGUGACCAUUUAAAGUUUGUUUGGUUUUUGGUUUUUGUUUUUUGGUUUUUUUUGUUGUUUUUUUUUUUUUUGAGAAAAAAAGAAAGAUGAUGUUAAGGUUGUUCCAAGUGGUACUAAAUGUUUGUUGAGUAGUGUUGUGUAUGUGUUGCCUCUCUGUGGAACUGUCUCGUGCUUGCAGUGUAGAAAUGAUUGGUGCUGGCUGGGUGAGAGUAGCACUUGUAAUGCAAAACCAGGCCCAGAAUGACCCUCAGCUGACUCUGCAGGGCAUCCCUGGCACUGCAGGCUUUGCCGUGGAGGUUGUGGCAUCACUUGGCAGUGCUGGGGGGGUCACAGGGGGUGGAAUUCACCCAUUGCUUCUCUCGCUUUUUGCCGUAGGUGAGCACUUGUGCGAUGCUGUGUGGCCAGGCCACUUUAAACUAAGCCUUAACUAAAUGGUAAAUGUGUCAGAUUCCUCUCUCAGAGUAUGCAAGAAUACUGUUUAACUACAGGAGGAUGUUCCUGUAGAGCUUCAGUGUUAGUCAAGGCAGCCUCCUGACGUGCAAAACAAGGGACACCUGUAGCUGUCUGUACUGUGAUGCCUCUUUGGGUGCUGGCUCUCGGGCAUUCCUCUGGCAGCUGACCCCAAACAGGCUUUCCCAAAUCCCAGCUUUUUGUUGCCCUUGUUGUCAGACCUAUUCUCCUCCCUCCCCCUGCCAGCAAAUCUCUGCCUGAAGGAGGAUUGUGAUUCAAUACUUCAAAUUUUACAUCCCAGAAAAAGCCAUUCUUGAAUUCCGUGCUUGCAUUUGGGUAGGUGCCAUUGCUUCCACUUCUUAUGACUGACAUAGGAUCCUUAAAACAUUUUAAAUAGAGGCAAAAAAAAAAGUGUUGGGGACCCAGCUUGCUUUUAUUUUUUUUCCAAUUUGGAUCUACCUCAUGUAACCAGUUGGGUGCUAGUUAAUCAAAUUGUCAAGGAGAUUUGGCAAAGGCGACCAAACCGACCCCAUCCGUGGCCCAAACCCUCGGGUUUCUUGUUCUGAGACAACAAUCUUGGAUUUGAGUUCUAUUCUUUGUGCCUUUCUGUUUUUUUCCCCUAGUGCACAACAAUCAAAACUCAUCUUCCUGAUUAGAAACAGCAGAUGGUUUUUAACUGCGCCACAAAAAACUGAAUUUGAAAAUAUUUUUGGUGUAGCAAGUUGUAAAAUCAAGUAUCACAGCUGACCUAGGCAAAGAGAAGUACCCAAUAAAGAAGGUUUUGGAAAUGUUUAAUCCUACCCCAGAUCUCUACAUCUCUGUGUCUCUAUAUAUGCACAUAGCACAAGACUUUGGUGUGUAUGUGUGUAUAUAUAAAUAUAAAAUGAAGGGAUACAUGUGUAAGGGUGAGGGAAUAAAACAUCAUUGACCUUUCCACAGUUUUGUAUGUAACAGUUUACAACUACGUGUAAGUUUUUUCUACUAUGUCAAAUCUUUUUUACUCAAAAAGAAUUCCUUUUUGGAAAGCUUUAAGUUGUGAUAUGCUAUCAUUUUUUGAAGUUUAAACAAUUUUUUAAAAAUCCACUAUUUACCAGUACCUACUACAGAGGGGGAAUCUUUGCUGUAAAAUUGUAUUUAGUUUAAAUAUUAAAAGAAAAAAAAAAUGUAUAUGGGAUUGUAAAAGUGCAUUCCAUCAAGGCAGGACUUCCCAGCUGUUUCCUAAGGCUUUCUGUUGCAGAGAGACUCGAGCAAAAGGAAAAUGCCUCUGUUCAGUGUUUUUAUAAAACUGCUCCAUCAGGUCUAGACUUAAGCUAUAUUUUCUAAAGCCUAAUCAUCCUUUAAUAUGCUGCAGAUAAAUGAUCAGCAUGGUUGCACUUUCUCAGUAAUAAUGUUUGCCCUGCAAUUGGCUCGUGAUAAGGACUUUAGUUUUUUAACAAAAACCAAUCGUACUUUGGGCAGAAGGUAAUAUUUAUAUAGGUACCUCAAGAUAAAAAAAA